AUGCUUUUCAUAGUGAGCAUGAAGACCAAGGGCGGGAUGGAAGUGUAUUCGGCUUUCAAAAGCAUGACUCCCCAUCGAACAAUCGACUUCAAAGGAGAUACUCUAUGGCCAACAUCAUCGCAGGAAGGGUCCCGUAGACCUCCGUCUGCUACCAUCGAUUCGUGGGACGUCUUCGUCACACCCCUGGAUGAUCUUUUCAGAAAACACAACAAGCACGAAGUGGGACGAAGCCACGGUAACUUAGGACAGCCGGAGGGACGUGAAAGUUUCGAGGACACUCAAGAAGCAACGUCUCGGAGUGAACUGCUUCUUCAGGCUCUCCAAGCGGUGGAAGUGAAUUUCUACAGGCAAUCCUCGCUUCUGUUAAGGUAUGUUGAGUAA